CUGUGGCAAGAAUAAACUUUGGGUAUUGGAUUGCAACACCGCCCGUGGAGAAAAUGGUAUGCGAGGGAAAGCGAUCAGCCUCUUGCCCUUGUUUCUUUCUCCUGACGGCCAAGUUCUACUGGAUCCUCACGAUGAUGCAAAGAACUCACAGCCAAGAGUAUGCCCAUUCUAUCCGAGUGGAUGGGGACAUCAUUUUGGGAGGUCUCUUUCCUGUCCAUGCAAAGGGAGAGAGAGGGGUGCCUUGUGGGGAGCUGAAGAAAGAGAAGGGGAUCCACAGAUUGGAGGCCAUGCUUUAUGCAAUUGACCAGAUUAAUAAGGACCCUGAUCUCCUCUCCAAUAUCACUCUGGGUGUCCGGAUCCUUGACACCUGCUCCAGGGACACCUAUGCUUUGGAGCAGUCCCUAACGUUUGUGCAGGCUUUGAUAGAGAAGGAUGCUUCCGAUGUGAAAUGUGCUAAUGGAGAUCCGCCCAUUUUCACCAAGCCUGACAAGAUUUCUGGUGUUAUCGGUGCUGCCGCGAGCUCCGUGUCCAUCAUGGUGGCUAACAUUUUAAGACUUUUUAAGAUACCUCAAAUCAGCUAUGCAUCCACCGCCCCAGAGCUAAGUGAUAACACCAGGUAUGACUUCUUCUCUCGGGUGGUCCCUCCUGACUCCUACCAAGCGCAGGCCAUGGUGGACAUCGUCACGGCCCUGGGGUGGAAUUAUGUGUCGACACUGGCUUCUGAGGGUAACUACGGAGAGAGUGGUGUGGAGGCCUUCACUCAGAUCUCGAGGGAGAUCGGUGGUGUUUGCAUUGCUCAAUCACAGAAAAUUCCGCGUGAACCAAGACCUGGAGAAUUUGAAAAAAUUAUCAAGCGCCUGCUAGAAACACCUAAUGCUCGGGCAGUGAUUAUGUUUGCUAAUGAAGAUGACAUCAGGAGGAUAUUGGAAGCAGCAAAAAAAUUAAACCAAAGUGGGCAUUUUCUCUGGAUUGGCUCCGAUAGUUGGGGAUCCAAAAUAGCACCCGUUUAUCAGCAGGAGGAGAUUGCAGAAGGGGCUGUGACAAUUUUACCCAAAAGAGCAUCAAUUGAUGGGUUUGAUCGAUACUUUAGAAGCCGAACUCUUGCCAAUAAUCGAAGAAAUGUAUGGUUUGCAGAAUUCUGGGAGGAGAAUUUUGGAUGCAAGUUAGGAUCACAUGGAAAAAGAAACAGUCAUAUAAAGAAAUGUACAGGGCUGGAGCGAAUUGCACGGGAUUCAUCUUAUGAACAGGAGGGAAAGGUCCAAUUUGUAAUUGAUGCUGUGUAUUCCAUGGCUUAUGCCCUGCACAAUAUGCACAAAGAUGUCUGCCCUGGAUACAUUGGCAUUUGCCCACGAAUGAGUACCAUUGAUGGGAAAGAACUACUCGGUUAUAUUCGGGCUGUAAAUUUUAAUGGUAGUGCUGGGACACCAGUCACUUUUAAUGAAAACGGAGAUGCUCCUGGUCGUUAUGACAUCUUCCAGUACCAAAUAACCAACAAAAGUACAGAAUACAAAAUCAUUGGGCACUGGACCAAUCAGCUUCAUCUAAAAGUGGAAGACAUGCAGUGGGCCAAUAGAGAGCACACUCACCCCGCGUCGGUCUGCAGCCUGCCGUGUAAGCCCGGCGAGAGGAAGAAGACGGUGAAAGGAGUCCCUUGCUGCUGGCACUGCGAGCGCUGCGAAGGUUACAACUACCAGGUAGACGAGCUGUCCUGUGAACUCUGUCCUUUGGAUCAGAGACCCAACGUCAACCGCACAGGCUGCCAGCUUAUCCCCAUCAUCAAACUCGAGUGGCAUUCUCCCUGGGCGGUGGUGCCUGUGUUCGUUGCCAUCUUGGGAAUCAUCGCCACCACCUUUGUGAUCGUGACCUUUGUCCGCUAUAACGACACGCCUAUCGUGAGGGCUUCGGGCCGCGAACUCAGUUACGUGCUCCUCACGGGGAUUUUUCUCUGUUAUUCAAUCACCUUUUUGAUGAUUGCAGCCCCAGAUACCAUCAUCUGCUCCUUCCGGCGGGUCUUCCUAGGACUCGGCAUGUGUUUCAGCUAUGCAGCCCUCCUGACCAAAACAAACCGAAUCCACCGAAUAUUUGAGCAGGGGAAGAAAUCUGUCACAGCGCCCAAGUUUAUCAGUCCUGCCUCCCAGCUGGUGAUCACCUUCAGCCUGAUCUCCAUCCAGCUCCUGGGAGUGUGUGUCUGGUUUGUUGUGGACCCACCACACAUUAUCAUAGACUAUGGAGAACAGAGGACUCUAGAUCCGGAGAACGCCAGGGGAGUGCUCAAGUGUGACAUCUCUGAUCUCUCGCUCAUUUGUUCACUGGGGUACAGUAUUCUCUUGAUGGUUACUUGUACUGUCUAUGCCAUUAAAACAAGAGGAGUUCCAGAGACUUUCAAUGAAGCCAAACCUAUUGGAUUUACCAUGUAUACCACCUGCAUCAUUUGGUUAGCUUUCAUCCCCAUCUUUUUUGGUACAGCCCAGUCAGCAGAAAAGAUGUACAUCCAGACAACAACACUCACUGUCUCCAUGAGUUUAAGUGCUUCGGUGUCUCUGGGCAUGCUGUAUAUGCCCAAGGUUUAUAUUAUAAUUUUUCAUCCAGAGCAGAACGUUCAAAAACGCAAGAGGAGCUUCAAGGCUGUGGUGACCGCUGCCACCAUGCAAAGCAAACUGAUCCAAAAAGGCAAUGACAGACCAAAUGGCGAGGUGAAAAGCGAACUCUGUGAGAGUCUUGAAACCAACACUUCCUCCACCAAGACGACAUAUAUCAGCUACAGCAAUCACUCAAUCUGAAACAGGGAAAUGAUACAAUAUGAAGAAAUGUGGUAUGCGAUCUUAAACAAUGAACGUGACACCACCAACACUCACUCCUGGAGAUCUCUGUAGACUACAAUCAAUCAAAUCAAUAGUCAAUCUUGUAAGGAACAAAAAGUAGCCACAAGCCAAAAGUAUUAAUAAUAGGGAGUGAAGAAACCCGUUUUAUACAAUGCAACCAA